UUCCAGAUUAAAGUCAACUUGAUAUAAUACAUAUGGUACUACUGCAGCAAAUUGGCCAGUAAAAGUUCAAAAUUUGACUAGCUUAAACUGUACAAACUCGCUGAUUAUUGAUUACCUACGUUUAUCCAGUUUAUAUUAUCAGAGAGAAUUUUUGCACCCACAGUUGACACAAAAUGCAUGUCAUUAUGAAAACUUUUGAAAUCACUCUGGCUCUGUUGGUGUUGCUGCUGAACUGCAGCCGAUGUCUGGCAAGAAGUGAAGUGAUUUAUGCCAUUAAUGCAGGUGGAGAAGCCCACACAGACAUUCAUGGCAUCCGAUACUCAAGAGAUCCACUUGCUGACAAAGAUGUUGGAACAGCGUCUGACUUUGGCAAGAACCUAAUAAUUGCCAGAGUGCCUCCUGCUGAUCAAAUCCUGUACCAGACGGAGCGUUACCAUCACUCCACAUUUGGCUACGAUCUCCCCUUGCGCGGUGAUGGCAACUAUGUGCUUGUGCUCAAGUUUGCUGAGGUCUACUUCAAUGCACCUGACCAGAAGGUGUUCAAUGUGCACUUGAAUGGAGUUGCGGUCAUCUCUGAGCUUGACAUCUUUGCACAAGUGGGUCGCGGUGUAGCGCAUCAAGAGCUCAUUGCCUUCACCAUCUCAGACUCACGUUACAUCACACUCAGGGAUGGAACAAAAACCCCAUUGGCGACACAUUCUUCAGUCCGACUUGACUUCAUGAAGGGCCCCAGAGACAAUCCUAAGAUUAAUGCCAUCUACCUCCUCCGAGGCACCCCCCAAGACGUGCCGUCAUUGCCUCCUUUCCCGCUAGAAGAAGAGUCUGAGCUGCUGCCGGAGGAGGAAGCGCAGCCACCAAUGUCAGGUUCAACAGCCCGCAAGGUGUCAAGCGGUCCACGCACUCCCGACCCCUACAGCAGCGACGAGAGCACAGGCACCUUCCUGCCUCUAGUGGCCGCCGUCGGAGCCGCCAUUCCCAUCGUCUUCUGUCUCUGCAGGAUGUGAUAGCGCCUCUGCUUCCAGCGCUGCGACAUAAUGUCUUAUUAUUAUUAUUUAUAAUUUGUUGAAGAUUGGAUACUGCAAGAUUCAACGUUUUUUUUCGGCAAGCGUCACAUGCUAAGCAUGUGAAUGCGGAGACAUAAAAAAUUUGUAUGCUUGAAUAUUUAUGAUGAGUUAAGAAACUUGAGGUGAAAUGCAAGUUUAAUUAUUUCAAAUGUGUUUGAUUUUUUCUCGUUUUGGAGGAAUAUUGGUUUAAUUUAUUCUGGUUUCCCCUGUUUUAAUAUCAAAUAUUUUCACCAAAGCUCAUUUUUGCCUCGUCGUUAUAAGCUAUGGUGUUUUUCUGUUUUCUGUUCUUUAUAUUCAAGUUUUAAAAUCAAAAUUAGUUGGUUAGUUGUUAUUCCUACUCUAUACAGUAUAUGAUAUUUUACCCACAAUUAUUUUAUUUAUUUGAUGUUCUAUCAUUGUUGAUGAGGCCUUAAAGACUCCUACAUACGUACGUGUGGGCCUUGGUUUUUCUUCUAGAAAAUAACGUUUCCCUAAUCUGCCACGUCCAAUAUUGCGUAAGAUAUCGACAGCUCAGAAAGAACUCGUACGGUAUUUACGUCUGUAAUACGUCUUGUGUGGAAACUCCUAGUCGCUAUGGCAUUUUUUUCUUGUAAUAUUUUCCAUUUGAUAUAUCUGCCUUUGAGCUGUUUUGGUGCUGGUGACUAUACCAUAUUUAGUGUCACUGGAGCAACUCUCUUAAUUUUGUUGUAUUUAAUGCUCCAGCGGCUUUACUCAUUUAUAAAUUACCUGUAAGGUAUUGGCAUGGAAUUCAAUAUUCAUUUCUGAAUGAAAGUGUUCUGUAUUAUCAAUACCUUCUUAUUAUCGCCGUCCGGGGUAACGAGGUUCUUCUUAUUGCGACGGCCGCUGCUUUGAAAAAUUACGAAGGCAACAUUCCCGGCCGCAUCCGAUAUCUCAUGAACCUAAAUCAGUUCGAUGUUACCACCCAAAACUGAUGUAAAUUCAAACGUCGGUCGUUCAAAGUUUGUAAUGCGAAUUAAAGGUUGCACAGUGUUAUCUAGAUAUUAUAAAUAUCUAAUUUCUUUUCAUGUUAUGCUUUUCAAUAGUGUCAUUUUCAGCUGUUAUUUUGGUGAUUAAUUUCUCGUGGUUAUGAAUUGGUCCGAGUGCCAGAAACCUUUUUAGCUUUUGACUUUUCUGUCCAAAAUUACUCUCAGAUGCGUCCUCUCAGCUUCCAAAAUUUCCUUGUGCACUUUGAUUACCAUCACUACGAGUGUUGAUUGCUUCACUAAUAUGAGACUGUGUUAAUGUGUCGUGUUGCACAAUAAUCAGAUGUGAAACCCUUUGCUUUUUGUGUUAUUGUGAAUGAGUGACGUAAUUAGUUAUGCACCUAACGUGUGGAGUGUUGAUUCAAGUACCAACAAGUAUUUGUUGGUAUAUUUACCAAUAAAUAUAAUAAGACAAAUAGAUUAUUUGUCAGAAAUGUUGGUGGGUGCAACUCAUUUUCAUUGCGAUAUCCAAUAUCUUCAAGCUCAGCCAUAUGGAUUUUACUUCCAAUUGGAUCGCUUAUCAAUUUAAUGUUGACUGGAUGAGAUAUUUUUAAUAUAUGAGGCUCUUAAACUCGUUAAGGAUUUGGUAAUAAUAAGUCUUGGUCUUCACGAUAAGUUUUCUUCGCCAUGUGCUGGGAAUGUUUUAUUACCGCAUACAUGGCUUUGUUUCGUCCGUUUAUUGAUAUGAUUUAAUUAUAUAACUUGACAUUGAUUCAAUUUCCAGCGACUUUAUCUGAUUUACUCCAUUGUUUUAGGUCUUUGGUUUAUUAUGUUACGGCUUUUCUUCUGAAGUAUCUGUGCUACCUUCUUCAUUAAUCUUUAUGUGCGACUUCAUUUCAUUGAUGAAUUUUAUUUUAUGUUGUCGCGCGUUAUAUGUGUGCUAUAAAUUAGCAUGGAUUGAAGAGGUGUUUUUUCAUGCUGUCUUUGUGUGGAUUUUACGAGGCCUUGCCCUUUUGUGUGCUUCUAAGGUUUGAGUUGACACAUAUUGAGUGCACUUGACUGUGAAAAAUAUUUUCGCAUUAGGCUUUUUGUGGAGAUUUCUCGCCUUUUUUUCUCUCCCCGUGCAUACUUCACCUAUGAUGAUGCACCCGAUUUUGUAUUCACUUUAGAUCUCGUCUUUUUUCUUUGGAGAGCAGAGCUUGGUCCCCUUCAUGUCACGGCACGAUGACUUCAAAGUUACGGGCCCGAGUUUAGCUCGUUUACAUUCCACUAUUUCUAUUGAUUUUCCAUCAUCAGCUAAUCUUUUUUCUUUGGUUUUAUUUUUUAAGAAUUUUCAAGUGAUUGCGAGCUCCUCGAUUACCGUUUUUACUUCUUGUUUUCGGACGUACUUAAAUAUUUGCGGGACAAUUAGGGCCUUUCUAUCCUAUAUAGAUUCUCUAUAAGAAAUACCCGCACUCAAGCGAGAUCAUGAUUUCAUAAAGCGCUAAAAAACCUGCUACUUCUUCUCAACUUUGAUAGCGGCACAAAACAUUUUAAUUCUCAGCUUUUGAUAUUCAGUAUUAUUCUCUUCGUUAUUUUCGUUUACAUUUUUAAUUGAAAAAUACAUUUCCUCAAACUUUAUCAUAGACAUCUUUCGUUUCAUGAUUAUUUGAUUGUGUUUCAAUGCUUGAUGGUCUCCUAUGUAAGGUUUGUUGUUGUUAUGCGUGUGUUGUUCUAUUUAUUUUUAAAUGUGUGAGUGUUCAUGCAGCAAUUUUUUUAUUCUAAGAGUCGUACAGUCAAAGCGGGACAGAUUUUCCUCUAAGCGUGCCUGUACUAAGUACUAAGCGUACUACAGGUCUCUCUGUGUCACCUGAGGCUUUACGUGGUUUGUUUCCUUGAAAUUCAUAUCAUGACCGAUCAGAAAACAAUCUUUACGGUCCAAGCCACUUCCUUAAUUCUUCUCAAUUUUUUAGAAUCACUUGACUGAUUAUCGUUACCGUUUAUGGAAGGAAUAUAGAAAUUACUCGAGGUUUCGACGCUUGAUAAGAGAUACGAUGUACCACCUACUCCGAGAAAUACAUUUGAAGCUACAUUCUAUUCAUUUGUUACGAUGACCUUAAUUCCACGUCUGUGAUCGGCUUCUUUAAUUCGAAGACGAUAUUAUGAUUUGUGAUCUCACGAUUAAUUUCUUGUGAGUGGCCCUGCGCUGUGUAGAUGGCGCCUGCUCUAUCGAUUAUGUCAUCUUGUCUGAAGAACUCAAGGCUGUCCUAUUUAACGAGGCUGCCAAGGCGUUAGCUACACUCGUGCUGGUAUGCCAUUGGUCAAUGCAUUCCAAAAGAUGGUGUGCCGUAAAUCAUGGAUUUUUUCAAAACUUCAUAAAUCUGUCCAUAUUGCGUCGGCUGGAGACGCAAAACUGUUGUACUAUCGUCAUGAAGUUCCUAUUGGGCUAAUCGCUGCUGUCCAUUUGCGUUGUGGGCUCAGGAACGAAAAUUUCACUCCAUCAUCGCGGCACGCAUGUGCGUUUGUACUUGUUUUGUAAUCACAUUGAUUUUAGAGUAAACAUUGAAAUGGGA